AUGUUUGGGUGGCGUGAAGCUAACUGCCCCCAAAAUCGGUACUCCGUCCGAUCCAUAUUACUUGCCGUCAAACGGAUGCAUCUAGGUGUAUUUAGUGCUAGAUGGAUCGGAGGAGUAGUUUGGUUGGAAAAAUAUUUCAAAAAAGGUGGCAAGUUGCUCCUCCUGCGCGGCCUCCCGCUCCCCGCCCGCGCCGCCGUCACCCUCCUUGCCGCAUCCUCCUCCUCCCCGCGCUACGCCCGCGCCAUCUUCGACAGCGUCCCCGCCGCCUCCGCCAACGUCUACCUCUGGACGGCAACCAUAUCCUCCUACGCCAAGCACGCCUCCUCCCCCGCGCUCGCCGCCGAGGCGUUCGCUCUGUUCCGGCUCAUGCUCCGGUCAGGCCCGCCACCCAACGCCUUCACCGUGAGCUCCGUGCUCAAGUCCCUCUCGACGCUCCGAGGGGUCUGCGAGGUGUGCCAGGUGCACGGGUUCUUGGUGAAGGCGGGCCUAGGCUCCUCCGUGCACGUGGGCUCUGCAUUGCUCGAUUCGUAUGGGAAUCUUGGCCUGGUGAGGGACGCAAGGAGGGUGUUCGAUGAAAUGCCUGCGAGGAACGUGGUGGUUGGAAACGCCAUGGUAGCAUGUUAUGCCAGAGCAGGGGAUGUGGAGGCUGCGCAGGAAAUGUUCGACGGUAUGGCGGAGAGGGACCUCAUCUCCUGGAACACGCUCAUGUCAGGGUACCUGCGGCAAGGCGAUGCUGGCGUCGCGAGGGGCCUGUUUGAUCAGAUGCCGCAGAGGAAUGUGCACAGCUGGAACAUGAUGGUCACCGCGUGUUCCCAGGCAGGGCUGUGGGCUGACUCAGUAGCGGUGUUCAAUCGGAUGCGGCUGGUGGGUUUCCACCCCGAUGCUGCAACAAUGGCCGUGUUGAUGUCCGCAUGCGCACAGCUAGGCUCCUUGUCAGUUGCAAGGCAGGUGCACGGACUUUUACACAAGGGCUGUGUCGAGAUGAACUGCCAUGUGCGGAAUUCUUUGAUCGACAUGUUUGCAAAGUGCGGUUGCAUUACUGAAGCUCGUUUCUUGUUUGGCGAGACACGUCUGAAGGAUGUGGUGUCUUACAAUGUGAUGGUCACUGCUCUUGCGCAACAUGGACAUGGCAAAGAUACACUGAAGCUUUUCAAUGACAUGAUUGAGGAAGGAUUGCGGCCUGAUGCAGUGACAUUUCUUGGCGUGAUAUCAGCUUGCGCACAUGCUGGGCUAGUGGACGAUGGAAAGCACUAUUUUGAGUCCAUGGGAACAACGUACGCAAUUCAGAAAUCUGCAGAUCAUUAUGCUUGCAUGGUGGAUCUCUAUGGCCGAGCUGGGCUUAUUGAAGAAGCACACUCCUUUGUGAAGGUAAUGCCGGUGAAGCCACAUGCAGGUGUCUGGGGAGCAUUGCUCAGUGCCUGCCGGAAGCAUUGCAAUGUUGAUGUAGGUGAGGUCGCCGCAAGAGAACUCGUCAGGAUCGAACCCAUGAAUGCUGGCAACUACGUUCUCCUUGCAAACACACUAGCUCGAAACCAGCGAUGGGAUUCGGUUGAGGAUGUACGACGACUGAUGAGGGGAAAUGUUGUUGAAAAAGAUAUAGGGCUCAGCUGGGUUGAAGUAGACACUGUUGUUCAUGAGUUCUUGACGGGGGAUUUCAGCCACCCCAGUUUUAAUCAAAUUUACAACAUUCUGGAGCAUCUGUAUCUGCAACCAACCUAA